AUGAUCGACAGAGCACUGGACGAAGGACAGGCAUGUGAGCAAGCAGGGUUUCGAAAAGGAUUUAAUACGAUGGACCACAUUCACACGGUAACACGGCUCAUUGAAGUAUCGCGAGAGUACAAAGGACCGCUCUGUCUCACUUUCAUCGGUUUACAGAAGGCUUUUGAUUCAAUUGAGAUAGAAGUAGUCCUGGAAGCCCUUGAUAGUCAAGGAGUCCCUACUCAGUAUAUAAAGAUUCUUCGUGACCUGCACAAAAAUUUCACAACCAAGGUAUGA